AUAGGAUUGUACCUCCAAUCCACCAUUUAUCUUGCGUUUGUUUUUCAAAACUCCGGCCCGCAAGAUAGUAUAAAGCCCGCGAUGCACAGUGUAAUUAUCGUGGGAAACAACGAUUAUUUGAUCUUGCGUAGGAACCCGGGAGCCGAGGAGUCCGACGCGUGGAGCGUCUACAGUGCUACCUGCUCCGGCGAGACCGCUGGAAGCUCAAACAAGAACAGGCUGAAGCUGGCGGAAGAGUGGCUGAGGGCGGCCGUCUCGACGGUGGUGUCGCUGCUCAUCAAGCUCUUGCCGGAGUACAAUCCCUCUGACCCCGGGUUCCUAUGUGAAUCGUCUAUCUUGUGCUUGAUUUCAUGUACCGAUCAGAAAUAA